AAUCUCACACCAUUAAAACAAAGCAUAUACUGCUCGCUGACCAAUCCAUUAAGCACCCACAUGGUCGCAUGGACCCUAACCUCUCAUCUCUCCUCCAAUUUUCCUGCUACUGAGCUCCUCUCAACCUCUGACAUCUUCCAGAGCUUCGACACAGCUCCCUUAUAAUGGCAGUUCUAACGCAUGCUUUAUCAUUUAACACACCCAAAUUGACACCCAGAACGUUUAAUUCACGACCCUUGUUAAAGCACGCUGGCUCUCUCCAUGUAAAUCACUCUGUGUUCACAGGCAAACUAAACUCUGCAUUGUUCAGGUCGACCAUCUUCAGUUUCAGGAUUAAAGCUUUUAGGAAUGAGAAUUCUGGGAACCAUGAAACUGCGAAACCUGAAGAGAACGCAGAGGAAACUGUGGAUGAGGACCAGGGUAGUCGGAAAGAAAGGAAUGUUAGUAUGGGAAGUUCAUUUUUGUUUAAGUUAGCAGUUGCUGUGGGUGUAGCUGUAACUGCUACUGCUAUAUCUGUUGGUUUCAAAGGGCCUAAUGUUGGAUCAUUGUCUGGAGUUCAAUUUCUGGCUGAGGGUUCUUUCUCUUCAGUUGUGGCUGCAGUCCCCGUUGGUUUCACUUUCAAAGCUUUUGGAUACACUAUUGUACUUCCUGAAUAUACCCCAGGAUGGGUUUACUUCUGGUUGCUAAUGGCUGCUGCUUGUGGACUUUUCAUCAGUGAAGAAGCUCUAAAUAUUUGGGUAGGCAUAACUCUAGCACGGAUGCUGUCAUUGGACGGGACAUGGCAUUCUUUUGUCGACUCACUAUCUAGGAAUGCUUCAUACAUUAUAUCCACAGUCUUCUGGGUUUACUGGGGAGUAUGUAUUAGUGAUAUGAUACCUUAUUACCUCGGAAGGGUUUUUAGACGAAGUGGGGCAUCCGAUGAUGUUUGUUCGAAGUUAGGGAUUGGUGAAGAGAAGGUAUUGAGCAUUACACGUGCCGUUGAAAAAUAUGGCAAUCUCAUGGGUGUUGUGGAGAGAUUUUCUCUCGGAGUCAGAAAUCCAACUGCUUUCCUAGCAGGAGCCUUGGGCAUAUCUCCAGAGUGCUUCUUUGCUGGAGUUUGUUGUGGUGGCUUGAUCACUCUUCCACUUCAGCUGGGAAUUGGAUUUCUGUUGAGGGAGCGCCCCGUGUUUGCCCUUGCUACUGUCGCGACGGUGGUGGGGAUUUGGACUGUGUUUCCAUAUGCUGUCGCUGCUACAACAGCACUGUUCUUUUACCUGCGACGCCGCCACUCUACCUAAUUCUGCUCAAAUUUUGUCUCUAGAUGAUGGAAGCUAUCAAAUAUACACCCAGCGGGGUUUAUUACAGGUUUGUUUUUUCGAUGUUUGUCAACUUUUUGUUGAAAACAUCCCCAUUUUGUAUGAUAAAUAGGAUUUGAUUAUAUAUGUAUAGAAAGUGGUAGAGCUAGUCAGCCUAGUCUAACUUUGAUUAGUUAGUUGAAAAGGAUUUUGAGUCUUUUGUCUUGCUAGUUAGAUUUCUUGGAUCAUGAUAAGCCAUUUCUAUAGUGAGAGAGAAGAAUGAUAAGAAGGUGGCAAGUUGACAUUUUUCAUCAGUCUUUACAACAUUUUUCGACGUUUGCUUCAUCGAAUGAUAUGGACUCACCUUGAAA